AUGGCUUCUAGAGACGACACUCACCAGAACGCUAGCCCUAGUCGUCCCGAGACCCCAGACAAUGACUUCGCCGCCAUCGAAGAUAACACCAACACCCCGCCAGCUCAACCUCCCAAUUCCUUCGCAACAACCCCUGAGCACUUAGCCAACCCUACCAUCAUCGGUGGAUCUUUUACUGACGGGCCCGCCUCCCAGCAGCUACAGACCCCGCGUUUCAUCGACUACCUCCGCCGCGGCGCCCUCGCCCCGGCCGGCACCGUCUACGAGCCCGCCCCAGGACCCGCAGGCAUCGCCAACAACACCCACCAACCGCCCCUCAUCCACCCCCUCAACAUCGGCCAGCGACGGCCCGCCGCCUAUCCUCUCAGCCUGCCCCGCCCGCAGCCGCGCUUCCAAGACGUCGAAACUCCGGCUUUCGUGAACCCGUGGCCAGCAGCAGACGAGCAGCGUGACAACCCUGGCCGUCCUGGUGUAUCUAAGCGCUGCCCCCACGAUCUCGCGUACCCCUGUUUCUGCCGCAACGACACCGAGAUGCCGGGUGUGCCUUGUAUGGAAUGUAGGUUCCCCCUGUGCUCGUAUAACUCCAUGUUGCAGGUCGCUACCGUCGAUGCGUUGGAGCUGGAGCUUGCGCGGGAGCGAGCGCGUGGGCGUGGGUCUCAUCAGUUUGAGCAGGAGAUUACACUCGCUAUCAACCAUGCGCGGGAACGUGAGCGGGAAGAGCAGCUGGGACAGCGUUGGGGACUUGGACGAGGACCAGAGGGACCACAGUAA